CUUAUGUUUUCUUUUCCUUUUCCUACCCCUUUCUUCUGUGCUCCUCUGAUUCGCUUCCGCUUUUUGGCGCUUCCGAGGCUUUUCGCCUUCGGACAUUCGCCCGAGUUUCUCUCUCCUCGCGUUCUCUAUCCUCUCUCAGAUCGGAGAGUUCGGAGCUCGUUGGGGCUUUUCUUACUGAUAGACUCAGGAAUUAGGAUCAAUCUUAAAGACUCCACAUGAAAUGGAUAAUGAAGCACAUUCGCGGAAGAAGUUUGCUAACAUGAAACAUCAACGGGUAAAGGCAGAGGAAUCUUUUGCUCCUACUAUAGAGGAUGAAGCAAUUCAGCAUUUGCUUGCAGAACCUAAAAUUGAUAGUGUUUCAGUAGAUGGCAUGUUGCAUCUUGGUCAAGAGAAUGGAGUAAAAUGCUCAGGACUGGAAGACUUUUCAUGUGGAUAUGAAUUUUUUUUCAAUACAUACAGAGGUGGGUUGGAUUCUAAUACUGCUCAGGGAGGAGAAGAUGAAUUAGAACUUGGAGUUCUUGAUGGAUUGCUGGAUGAAGUUGAAGAAGUGGGAGAUCUUCAUGCAGCAGAUGGUCUUGCUAGCCCAUGUGAAGAUUUUCUUCUGGAAUUUGGUUUUGCUGGAAAAGCUUUUGGAUUGGAUUAUGGUCCCCGAGGAGGAUCACAUUCAAGAAAUGCAAGUGCUGAGAGUCGGUCUCCAGGAUUAAGUGGAAGCAGUAAUAGUGCUGUUGGUUUAUCAGAAUCGUCAUCAGUGACAAUUCAAGAAUCAGAAUGCAAGAAUGAUUCUCUUAAAAAGACAGAAACUGAGUUACGUGGUACCUUUAGGCAUAAGAAAAAGCGUAAAACACAAGUUAAAGGGAGCAUGUGCCCUGCUUCACAUGACUUGCAAACUCCUAAUCAGCUGGACGAUGAUGACGACCCUUUGUUGAGUUCCAUGUUGGUAAAUAAACAUGAGAAGAAGUCUGGUGAAGCAAUUAAAGUUGGUGGUUCUCGUAGAGAGAAAAGACUGCGGAGACCUACACAGAGGUACAUUGAAGAAUUUUCAGAUAAGAAGUCGAAACAUUUGAAGGGAGGAAAGUUUACUUCUGUUGAUGUUGCUGGUAUUAAGGAUAGACGACUGAAGGUCAGAUCUCAUGCUGAACUUAGUUCAAUAGGGGUUGGAACAUUGUCAUCAGUUCCUGAGGAGGAAUUGCCAAAUGGAAAUAAAACUCAGGUGCUCCCUGAGAUUCGUCGCGGGAGAGGACGUCCAAAGAAGCAGGCUCCAAUUGUGCCACCCAAGCUGAACGAGGAACUCCUUACAUCUGAUUCUGAUGAGGGCCGUGUGAUUAGAAAAAGAUCUGACAAGCAUGACCGUAGGAAGCAUCAAAGAAUGUGGACUAUUUCAGAGGUGACGAAGUUGGUCGAUGGUAUCUCUGAAUAUGGAGUUGGAAGAUGGACUGACAUAAAAAGGCUCCUUUUUGCCUCUUCUGCUUACCGCACGCCCAUUGAUCUUAGGGAUAAAUGGCGAAAUCUUUUGAGAGCCAGCUCUUUGCAAAAGAUUAAGAAGAGAGAGGUCGAAGACAAGCAAUCUCAUGCGUUGCGUCCGUUGCCGAAGUUUCUGAUACGCCGUGUUCGUGAGCUGGCCAAAAUCCAUCCAUAUCCAAGGGAACGCGGCCAGAAGAGAAUCGGUCAGUAAAGGUGCUUCACCAAGCCGUGGCAGAUAAAAAAAAAAAUGGACCAAAGGCAAAGUAGAGCCUUACUUUACAUUUGCAUCGGUUUGCGGUGAACUAGUCAGAGGAUGUACUUAAAUCUUUAGUUGUAAAAAGGCAGUGUUCUUCAUCAACUAUUUUUGUUAACACUUAACAUCAAAUCAAAGUUCCUGGAUAAUUCUGAGGAUAAAAAAAAAAAAAAGUUACAGAA